AUGCAUACAUUUUCCACAUUACCCGUCGAACUUGUUUAUCGAAUUAUGGAUCAUCAAAAUGCGCAAACGCUAUUUGGUUCAAUGCAAAAUAUUUCCCGGCGGCUCAAUCAGAUUCUGAGCACCUAUGAGCGGUAUCGAACACUCACCACACUAAACCUGUCCGCCAACAGAAUCGGUGAUGAAGGGGCACAACACAUUGCGGAUGCGUUGCGAACAAACACGACACUCACCACACUAAACCUAUACGGUAACGAAAUUUACUGUGAAGGAGCACAACACAUUGCGGACACGUUGCGAACGAACACGACACUCACCACACUAAUUCUCAGUUGGAACAGAAUCGGUGCUGAAGGGGCACAACACAUUGCGGAUGCGUUGCGAACAAACACGACACUCACCACCCUCGAUCUCUGCAGUAACGGAAUCGAUGCUGAAGGGGCACAACACAUUGCAGAUGCGUUGCGAACGAACACGACACUCACCACCCUCCAUCUCCGCGGUAACGGAAUCGAUGCUGAAGGGGCACAACACAUUGCGGAUGCGUUGCGAACAAACACGACACUCACCACACUCGAUCUCGGCGGUAACCUGAUGGGUGCUGCAGGAGCACAACACAUUGCGGAGACGUUGCGAACGAACACGACACUCACCACACUCGAUCUCAGCAAUAACGGAAUUGGUGAUGAAGGAGCACAACACAUUGCAGAUGCGUUGAGAACGAACACGACACUCACCACUCUAGGUCUCAAUGGGAACGGAAGCGGUCGUGAAAUAGCUGAAAAUAUUGCGGACGCGUUGCUUAGGAAUGCAAGCGUCAAGAUGGUGUAG